CUGAGAAUCUGAACAGAUGCAAGGAGCUGAUCUGUUGAGUAAGGUGGUGUCAUUUUUGCAGUGUAACUGUCCAGAACAGAGUCAUACUUUAAAAGAUUUGUGUUUGUGCCAGAAGAGGAAUGGCUGAAUUGGAGAUUUAAAUGACAACUUUGCGCUGUGUUAUUUCCACCCUGUCCAUGGUGGAAAAAAGAAAUUCAGCAGCUGAAGAACCCAUUCUUUCGUGCUUAUGUGAGUUGAAUGUUUAGCACCAAUCUUCCACAAAACCGUCAGCCUGUUACAUUUCAGCCUGGGCAGUGUGUUAUAAGCCAUUCCCCGGCCAACAUGAAUGAAGGGGCCAGCUCUGGAGGAGAGAAACAGGAGCUGAAAUUCAAGAGAGCGAUCUUGCAGGACCAGAACAAGCCAGAAAAUAUGAUCCAAAGGCAACAAGUGAUCCGUCUCACCUAUUUGAUUACAGCCAUGGACCUGACCUGCUUGUUCAUGCAGAUUGGAAUCAUUCCAUACUUGGCGAAGAGCCUGGGAUUGGAUUCAGUUGGAUUUGGCUACCUCCAGACAACUUUUGGUGUUCUACAGCUUCUGGGAGGUCCUAUUUUUGGAAGGUUUGCUGACCAGUGUGGCACACGAGCUGCGUUAACUCUUUCAUAUCUCUCUGGAUCUGCCUUCUUUCUGCUACUAUCCAUCUCCACCAGCAUCCCACUUCUCUUCCUGUCCAGAAUUCCAUCCGUGUUUAUGCAUGGGCUACCAGGUGCUCAGAUGGUCAUUACAGAUCUGACUACUCCUGCUGAGCGUGCAGAUGCAUUAGGGAAGCUUGGACUUUGCUUUGGAAUAGGAGUAAUCAUUGGAUCAUCCCUGGGUGGGACACUCAGCACAAAAUUUGGCAUGUACUUUCCGUCGUAUCUUGCGGUAGUGGCAAGUCUCAUAAAUGCAAUGAUAGUAAUGACGUGUAUCCCUGCUCACACCAAACCAAAGUCAGAAGGACAAGCUACACAGCAGCGCACAUCACAGUCCAGUGUGUUUAGUCUCAAAGAAAUCCUACGCCUGCUGAAGCUUCCAGGAGUAAAGGAAGUGUUCUUAAUCAAGGUCCUUUCCGGACUCCCUACAGGUUUGUUCCUGAUUAUGUUUUCCAUCAUCUCUAUAAAUUUCUUUGGGCUGGAGGCAGCACAGACUGGAUAUCUGAUGUCAUAUUUCGGUGUCCUUCAAAUGGUUGUCCAGGGUCUGAUAAUUGGAAGACUAACUAGUCACUUUACAGAGAGGACCCUGAUCAUGUUGAGUGUCUUAGCCUUCAGUGGAGUGGGCCUUGCUAUGGCGCUGAUGACCAGCGUGUUCCAUUAUUGCAUCAUUGCCCUCCCCAUGGUAUUUGCACUCUGCACUAUGGGGAUCAUUACAGACAGCAUUCUCACCAAGUCCGUCCCUCCUUCUGACACUGGUGCCAUGCUUGGGAUAUGUGCAUCUGUUCCUCCCCUGACACGGACAGUGGGCCCAACACUAGGUGGAAUUUUGUACAAGAUGUUUGGAGUCUCAGCCUUUGGUUAUUUGCAAAUGGUUGUCAAUAUCUCUCUGUUUUUGUAUAUUUUUAAGAAUAGAGUACCUCAGAAUGAGGAGAAAGCUCAGUAAUCCAGGCUACAUGUAAAUCUACUUUAUCCACAAAAUCUAAAAUGUGCAAUGUUUAUAUAUAGAUUAUGUAUCAGGACUUUUACCUCCAUCACCCCAGACUGAAAAUAAAAGUAGCUUUAAGCCAGCACUUUGCAUUUCAGCAGCAUAUACAAUAACUUUUGCUAUUGAAGCAGUUUACAAAGCCUUAGUACAUGAGGAUAUUCCACACCAUUGAUAGGUUUGCAGACAUCUUCUGGGCUCGACACUAUUACAAGAGAUAGGACCCCCUCCUCAGCUGAUGUAAAUCAGCAUAGUUCCAUUGAAGUCAAUGAACUCAAUCAGGAUGCAGCUCUCUCUCUUUAGUAGUAAAGGGGAGGCACUGACUAGCUCAGGUUGUUUUAACAGUGCCUAGCACAAUGAAGCUCAGAUCCCCAUUUAGGCCUCUGAGCAAUACGGCAUUGAACACUAAUAGUUACAGAAGUUCCAGCAACUGCAUUUCAGUCACCCCCACUUCCGCGGGUGCAUCUAUCAUCUCGCACACUGUAGAAUGGAAGUAAAGGCAUGUCAUCCAGAUUUUUCAGACAUGGUGUCCUAAAGUUAGCUACCUGAAUCCAUAUUUAAGUUAUGCUUUAACUCCACCUGGAAAAAAAAAAAAAAAAAAAGAAACUCACCCCUCUUUAGGGAGAGUGUUUCAGGCUGCAGUACAGGUAAUUGUAAAACCUUUAUGUUCAGGAAACUAAGUACUGUAUCCUUCUGCUUUAAGGCACAAACCCCUCAAUGCAGAGCAUUUCUUCCCACCAGCCAUACAUAGGGAAUCAGAACCAAGACUUUCUUCAAGAUGGUCCAAGCAACUGAUAUCUGAAGCCUAUUUCAUCCUGUGGGAAAAAAGCAGCUAGUCCAUAACUUACAAGACCUCAUUAGUAGUUUAUAGCCAUGGCAUUUCCCACUUCUUGGGUGAACAAGCACUUCCCUUUUGAGCCACACCCUCCACUAGCUCCUUAUUAGAACUAUGCUUUAAUCAGCCCUUAAUUAACCCUCCUACAUGCUGUUCUCAGUAUAAUCUUUGUAGUUUCCACCAAUAUUCUCUGGUCUCCCUCAACAAAGACUCUGUGGAAGUCGGUGGGAACUUUACCUGAAUAAGGAUUUCAGUUUCAGACCAUUAGUAAGGAACACUACACAGGAAGAGUCUUGCAACUCAGUUUUAGUGCCAAAUGCAUUUUUCCUUGUACUUCCCCUUUCUAGUUGUAGAGAAAGGAUAGCCGUAUGUUGCAGAAUUACUCUCAAGGAAAUGUAGAUUAAUUAGCAAUAAGUCUCAUAAGACCUGAUUUUCCUAAGCACAGUACCAGGAAGUUCAGCUAUUUCUCCAACCCCUUGGCUCUGCAAAGUGUCCUAAGAAGAAGCUGGUAAGAUGUACAGCACUUCCUACCUCUGGUGAGGCUGGAAACCCCACGAGAACAGCCCCUCACAUUCAGCAUGGCGGAUCCUGGCUGGAUCUAGAAACUGCAAAGAUGCAUGGAGAUGUGAAAUAACAGGGAACUUGUUAUAUAAACCUUCAUUCUAUAUGUUGGUCUUUAUUUUAUCCUGAACCAGUUCAGCUAUCCCUCUUCUUCUGGGCUAAGCAAGCAGGGGGUAUUAGAGGAAACAUUCUGGAAGGCACUUUUAUUCUGUAACUGGUGUCUGCAGGGGUUCUUGCACCUUCCUCAGACGCAACUACUCCUGACUAUUGAAUUCUGGAUUAGAAGGGCCAGGUCUGAUACAGUAUAGCAAUUCCUAAUUUAGAAGCAACUGAUUUUCUGCUUGGAGACCAAUUGAAACAGGCUCUUUCCUACAGACAUAUCAGCUCUGUUAUCAAAGCACACUAGUAGUUUUAUUAACAGAAUUGUUUGGAUAGAUUAGUGUAGCCCUAUUUACAGAUGGUGUCUAUGAACUAUUAUUCUGCAACCUGCACCAAAAAACGUACUGCACUAUAGUGUAUAGUAAUAAAAUGUGAACAUUUCAAGUAAUUUAUUUGGAAUGGACACAUUAAUGCAAAAGCAAUAUUAAGACAUCUGCUUAAAGACAUUCAUCAAAAUAAAUACAAAUAUAGAUACCACAAAUAAUUUAAAUUGGGUUUGUUUUGCACCAAUGGGCGCUGAAUAUUCUUUGCAUCUUAUAAAUAGAUAAGAGUAGUUUGCAAAGCUGUGCCACU